AGGCUCCGCGUCACCAGCGGUGCUGGCGGGGGGGGGGUAGUCCAGCGAGGAUGGUCCGCGGAGGGGAGUUGCCAGGGCUCGGAAACAUCUCGGAUGAGUCUCUGGAUCUGCUGUGCAGGCUGAAACGCGGGGCUCACCAUAGCUUGUGGAGCUGGGAUUACACUUUUCCAUGGAGGAAUAGGUCCAGGAAGCUUUUCUCUCGCUGGAAUGUCUGUGCGGUUGUGUCGAGCGGCGGCGUCCUGAACCAGUACGAGCAUGGGCCUCUGAUAGACGAGGCGGACUUGGUGAUAAGGUUCAACGGCGCUCCUGCCGAUGGUUUCGAGCAGUACGUGGGUAGCAGAACUGACAUGCGCGUGGUGAACAACGAAUACUUUAAGCAUGUCUGGACAAUGGAUUUCGCACCUCUGCCCGUAAUGGAGACGUACCCGCUCCAAGAGUUUUCUAUCAACAUCAGUACAUCGUAUGUUUGUGUGUGGGAUGAUUGGACUGAUGCUUACCAUUAUUGGGAUUUCAUGCACAUGGUCAGUUCUUCUCACCAUGAGGUAGAGUUGGACCUUCUGCAGCCCAGCGUGCACGAAUCACUUACGCGUGACAUCAAGGCCAUGUAUGAUUCGUUAAAUUUGAAGUGGAAUUUCUGGCGAGUCUUGGAUACCUUCCACAGGGGCGCUUGGUAUGUACGCGGCAUUAGUAAUCUGUGAUAAAGUAUAUGCGUUUGGUAUGGCUGGCACAGCUUUGGCGAACAUGGCGUCAAAUCAUUACUAUGAGCCGUGGAGCGUGAAGCCGACAUGGCACAAGACUUGGGACCUUGAAAAAGACCUGUGGAAGCGUCUGGCAUCGAAUCCUCCUGGUUGGAGCGUUGAGUCGACUGACGUGUCCAUAAUUCCUGGACUCUCGCAUAUCACGUGCCCUGGCGACGCAAAGCGAGUCGCCUUCAAAGAACUACCUCAGCCUCCAAGCCCAGAGUCAUUCAUCGUAAGAGUUUCACUGGUGACAUUUUUGCCGUUUGUACUGUACAUCACAGUGGGGAUGCUCACUCGUACGGGCAACACCAGCAGAUCUAUAGGAAAGGCGGACGUGCGGGUGGUUGGCGCACUGGCGGUAUACACUUGCUUCGUUGUGUCCACGCACGUGUACGCUCAGCUUGCAGCACGCCGAAAUGGUGGGCAAGUUCCUUGGGACACUGUGGCGAUGCUGAUGAUCAGGGAGGCAUUCAAGGGAGUGAUCUCGGCUUUUCUAUUCCUGCUGGAGUCGCGACCCCAGGCCAUGCUCGAAGCUGGCUCUGUGGACAUGCGCAGCUCCGUCAGCACUGACGACGGCUCGGACGACGGUGAAGAGGCCGGGGGCACCACCUACCUGUGGCUGGUGGCGGGCUUGCGGCUGCUCCCCCUCGCAGCGGCGUACGCCCUGAGCGACUUCUGGGUCGGGUGCUUCGCGAGGGGUAUGCAGAUGCGGGAGUACCUCGUCUGGACGAACGUGUCGGUGGUGUUCAGCGCGCUGGCCUGGACAUGCUGCUUCCGCCGCUGCCUUCCCGCGCAGCAGUGGCUCGGGCUGUGCUUCCUCUUCUUUGGUGGGCUGCUGAGGACGUUCCCACUGGAGAGGCGCGGGCCGCUGAGCCUGGCCCCUGCUGAGAUCUGGACGAUGGUAGCUUCACCCCUGAUCUCAUCAUUUGCAAACGUUGCGAACGAGCGCAUCCUGAAAGACCCUGUUUUGAAGAAGAGGCUGGGUCUGAACUGCCUGAACCUCAUUAUGUAUUUCGAGGGGUUUGUAGUCAUCUUAGUUUCGCACACGUUCUUUCGCACCUGGUUGGGUGGUCGCUAUGCGUGGGAAGCUCCUCUCGACGCUCCGAUCUGGGUUAUGGUUGUCAUGAGUGCAGCGACUGGGUUAGCACUCUCGCGAGUGCUGGCUUAUGACGAAUGGGGAACGGUGUCAAAGGCGAUGGCUGGGGGUGCUCGGCAUAUUGCGGAUGCCAUGCUAUCUCCACUUGUGGGAUCGACAUUGUUUUACAUUGUAUGCAAUGUGUGCUCGUCAUUGUGGGUGACUUGCAGCAUCAGCGUCUUCUUUCUACCUUGGUUCACAGUGCGAAAACGAGAGCUGGUUCAAUUGCAGGACGUACACAUGCGAUUGUACGAUGCCGGCAAUGAGUGACUGCGCCUCAGCUUGCAGGUGUCGACGCGACGACGGCGCCAAUCUGGCUCAGUGGAGGAAGGCCAGAACCGUCUUUGAAAGCCAGAACGUUUCUCUAACACGUUUCGAGCCCCGAUCGGACAGGCUCUUUUGCUAGCACGUUCUGGCUUUCAAAUCGGUACAUUUAUCAGCCUAUCGAUUGGGCUGCGGGGUCAGUUGCGCUGCUUAGGGCAGGAUAGGGACUUGGGCGCGCGGUCGUGGUCAGGCAGAAGCCCGAUUGAAACCACUGCGCGCCUUCAGCAAAAAAGAAC